UCUUUGAGACACUAACUAUUGGACACCACCACUCAGUUAUUCUAGUAGCUUAAAAGCAGAACUCAUAAUUUUCUGUAGUCGGUGUUUAUCUUAAUUUGUUAACUUAAAUGUAGGAGGUAGCAAACUUUGUAUUAAAAACUGUCCGCAAGGCGUCCUGGCUAAAGUUAAACUUAAACAAAGCUAUGAAAAAUAAACUUUUCAGAAGUUUUCAGAAAAAAUCUGGAAAGAAUUAUGUUACUUGCAAUAAUUCAUUUAAAGAAAAUAAUAUACGAGCCUCGGAAGCUGAAUAUCGUCAAGCUUGUAAAAUUUUCAAACACCUUACCAAGCGUGCUCAUUCCACUGACUCGUUUAAUAAAGAAACUUUGUACCUACACUAUUUUACUUUUAAUGGAAUGCUUGGACUGAGGCUCUUCGAUGUUUUUGAUAGUAAAAGGGAUGGUAAAAUUGAUCUUCAAGAGUUUGUCUGCGGUUUGAGAGUGGCGUCUUCCGGAACAUUGGAGGAAAAAUGUCAAUUUUGCUAUAAACUAUUCAAUCUUACGGAAGAUGAAGGCGUUAGCCGCGAAGAUUUGACAGUUAUGCUAAGCACCAUUCUUUAUAUUGCUUUUAGCAUACAAAGAGGCCUUAUUGUUCCCGACUUUGUAAGGCAUACUGAGAAGCUUUGUAAAAACAGUAAAGAGGCGGAACAAGUUGACCACAAUUUUUCUUUAGACGAUUUAGCCAAAGCAUUAUUAAAAAUUUCAGAAAACUGUAGUAACAUAGAGAUCGAAAUUCUUGCUGAGGAGUUAGUCAGCUCAGCAUUUUGUUCCUCGGAAGAAUCUAAAGAAAAAUUAUUAUACCCUGAAUUCUUAAACUGGCUUAAUAAAAAUCCGGCAGUUCUGGAUUUUAUUUUUUGUAACGAAAGUUUCACAAGACACACCGGGCUUUUCUCGGAGGCAUCUAUAAAAACUACUUGGUGUGGUUACUUAUUAAAAAAACGAAGAAACAAUCCUCUCAAGAAGUGGGUGUGGCGUUUCUUCGUCUUAAAAGGGCAGUUUCUUUACUAUUACGCUUCUGAGCAUCAAACGGCGCAUCCGCGAGGCGCCAUCUAUUUAACGGGCUCGUUGGUUGACAUACACGAGAGAAAAAGAGUAAACCGUACGGGAGCCACUGACAGCGCUGAAACAGAUCCUCAAAGAAAUUCUUUAGAAAAGACUGCUUUAGAAUACGAAAGUUACAGAAAACAUCGAAAAAAUGCAGUCUCUAAUCGUCGGUUUGGCGUCCUUUUGGAGUUCGGAAACUUUAGGGAAAUCUUUUAUGCGAGCAGCUACGUAGACGCCAAAGGAUGGACAAGAGCCAUCCAACUUCACUUAAAUUUAGAAAAUAUUAAAGACAAGUACAAUAUAUACUACUCAAAAGUCAUCGGGAGUGGCGGCUUCGGGAUGGUUUACCAAUGCGUUCAUAGGAGAACUUUUGCCAAGUACGCCGUAAAGAUUGUAGACAAAAAUUUACUCAACGAUCCUGAGCGGAAAGCCCUCGUGGACGAACUUGCGAUUCACAAGCUUAUCAACCACGUCAAUAUCAUAACGUGCUAUGAAACCUACGAGACACUGCAUCAAGUGUAUAUUGUCACCGAGCUUUGCGAGGGUGGAUCGGUCUUUUCGCUUUUUGACGAGGGAGCGCUCUCUGAGAAGCGUGCCCGCUACCUGCUCCGCCAGCUGCUUUUGGGAAUUACCUACUUGCACCGUCUUUGCAUCAUUCACAGAGAUCUAAAACCCACCAAUAUUUUACUUUCCAGCAAAGAUCCCAUGACUCAAGUAGUUAAGAUUGCUGAUUUUGGCUAUGCAACUUUUGCAAGGCAAACAGAGAGGCUCGAUCUCCCGGUCGGCACGCUCAGCUAUUGGCCUCCCGAGAUCUUCCUUGAAAAGGGCUACAAUAAGCCCGCGGAUGUUUGGGCAGCAGGGGUCAUCCUGUACUGUCUGGUCUGCGGGAAGUUUCCGUUCCAUUACAAAAACGACCGUGAACUUAUCUCUCGCAUAUCAAAAGGAAGAGUCAACCGAUCUUGCAAUGAGCAUAAAAGGCUUUCGGAAGGAUGUCGAAAUGCUAUAGAAAUGCUUCUGCGAGUCAAGCCGGAGGCACGCCCCAGCGCUGAGGAGGCAUUGGAACUAGAGUGGUUCAAGGAAUUUGCCGACGUGUAGCCAGUUUCGUAAGUAAAACUGUCUUCAAUGCGAACAGACAAUUUAUUAAAUAAAAUGUACGUCGAAGUAUUGGCGUUUG